CAGAUUUGAUUUUUGAAUGUGUACAAUUACAGUACCUUUUUAUUUAAAUUUCUAUUUCUAUUAGAUUCGAGACCAUCUUCCAUGCUCUCUUUUUUCUUUUCUUGUUUAUCUUUUUUAUUAUGAUCUAUUUAUUAUUUAUGUUCAAUCGCCCUGUGUUCCUCUCCACCGCUAUCCUUUACUUUCUCUUGCAAAUAUGGCCCGAAAGUUACACCGACCGAGGAUCAUCGCCACAUCAACCCUGCUGCUUAUCACGAUCCUGAUGACUUCUCCGAUGAAACGAGCCCGUAGCGACGAUACUGGCUCCUGUCCAUAUCCCUGCACCACCGGUAAUACCAUUCCCCCACCAACGCCUCCGAUUCCUGCUGCCGGAGGCAGCAACCCAACAUCCUCUGCCACCACCACUCCGCCACCAGGCUACUACUAUCCUUUCACACCCCCGAUGACGCCCCCUUCUGGCAGCGGUUUCGGCGGUGGGGCAGGACCUCCUCCUCCUGACCAAGUCAUGCCUUACUUCCCUUACUACUACCGGAAGCCGCCAGACCAACGGGACCAGCCGACAUCUGGAGUAGCUUCUCUUAUCGGACCAUCGUCUGUGAUCAGCAUAGCUCUUGUCUUUCUUUGUCGGUUUCAUUUUAUGUAAGGCUGUGGAAUAAUUUUCAUGUAGUUGUAAUCAGUUGUAUGUUACUAUUAGGUUGUAAUAUGUAUCAAAUAGAUAUUUUUAUUCAAACUUGACAUUAGUACAGAAUGAAUUUUAAUUAAUUACA